UUCUCUGAGUUGUCCCUGCAACGCACCAUGUCCGUUCUGACUCGUUUGUGCCAUCUACAGAUUUGCACAGCUCUGGAGAGCUUUUGAUCACCGUGUACACGCGUUCGAUACAUGUUUUAUCUGACCUGCGCUCCUCGCGAACCAUUCUUUUUCUUUUUUAAAACUAGGCUCAAUAAUUUCCUCGGGGUGCUCUGGAUAUCGCUUUAGUGUGCGAACGGAGUUGUCUGUACGUUAACGGAUUCACUACUAAACAAUGGAGAAACAGACAGCAACUGAAAUACGGGAAUAAACGGUUGACGUUGGGAGAGGAAUACACAAUUUAACGAGAGAUCUGGGAUAAUCGUCUGAUCUAGAAGUGCGUGUGGCCGUUUUCAGUUCAACUUGGUGGAAACUACACAAGGAUGGUGUGUUAGGACUCGGAUUCAGCAGCACAGUGUGCAAAAGAAUACACCUUGCUCCGUUUCUCUUUUCUUUACAUGGCACAAGAAAAGAAGAUGUAUUGAAACCGCAAAGGCUUUAAAGCGCCUCCGUUUAGAAUUAAGUGGAAUCAAGGCGAAUGGAUACGUGUCCAGUGUUUAAGGUGAACAAGUGACCCAAUGAGGUGGAAUACUACUUUAGCGGAGUGCUGGAAGAGAAGUUACCUUGCCCCAGUUCUCCGAGAGCACAGGGAGAGACAGACAUCUCUGAUUGUUUGUUGCCAGUAGGGAGACGGGAAGGUAUAAGCCUGCUGUGUGGGAGCGUUUGAAACCAAGGCUGGGAGAAGGAACCAUAUGGCACAAAACACAAUAUAGGUCCCUGCUUGUGAUUUAUCAUGGACAAAGUGCUCUGCAGCCUCCUUCUCCUGGGAUGCGCAGUGAUGAUGACCACCGCCUGCCCUAAAUAUUGUGUUUGUCAGAACCUGUCAGAGUCCUUGGGCACACUAUGCCCAUCCAAAGGUCUGCUUUUCGUGCCCCCUGAUAUUGACAGAAGAACCGUGGAGUUACGCCUGGGAGGAAACUACAUUAUCAAAAUUACACAGCAGGACUUCACUAACAUGACGGGCCUUGUGGACCUCACACUGUCACGAAACACCAUCAGCUUCAUCCAGCCCUUCUCCUUUGUGGAUCUUGAAACCUUGCGUUCGCUGCACCUGGACAGUAACCGUUUGACAGAGCUGGGCCCUGAUGCCCUGCGAGGCUUAGUGAACUUGCAGCACCUCAUCCUAAACAACAACCAACUGACUCAUAUCUCCAAAGAAGCUUUCGAUGACCUGCUGCUCACCUUGGAGGACCUAGACCUCUCCUACAACAACCUGCGAGGCAUACCCUGGGAGGCCAUUCGGAAAAUGCUCAACCUACACCAGCUGAGUCUGGACCACAACCUCAUCAGCCACAUAGCUGAAGGCACUUUUACUGAUCUUGAAAAGCUGGCGAGGCUGGAUCUUACAUCAAACCGUCUCCAGAAGCUUCCGCCAGAUCCCAUCUUUGCUCGGUCACAGAGCACCAGUGUUGUUAGUACGCCGUUUGCCCCGGUCCUGUCUCUCAGCUUUGGCGGGAAUCCUCUUCACUGUAACUGUGAAAUUCUUUGGUUGCGCCGUUUAGAACGAGAGGACGAUAUGGAAACAUGCGCCUCCCCUCCUAGUCUGAAAGGUCGCUACUUCUGGUAUGUGAGAGAGGAAGAGUUUGUGUGUGAACCACCAUUAAUUACCCAACAUACCCAUAAGCUUUUGGUCCUGGAGGGACAGACGGCCAGUUUACGCUGCAAGGCAGUGGGUGACCCUAUGCCUCUCAUACACUGGGUUGCUCCAGAUGACCGACUAAUUAGUAACUCUUCCAGGGCUACAGUGUAUGAAAAUGGUACUUUAGACAUUAUGGUCACCACCUCUAAGGAUUAUGGGACAUUUACUUGCAUUGCUGCAAACGCUGCGGGAGAAUCAACAGCCUCAAUUGAGCUCUCCAUCAUCCAACUCCCCCACCUAAGCAAUGGAACUAACCGCACAGCUCAGCCAAAGUCCAGACUGUCUGACAUCACCAGCUCCACUAAAACUAGUAAAGGGGAGACCAAAGCUCAACCAGAACAGGUAGUGUCAGUGUCAGAGGUCACCGCGGUCUCUGCUCUGAUCAAGUGGACUGUUAGCAAAGUGGCACCCAAAGUCAAAAUGUACCAGCUCCAAUACAACUGUUCGGAGGAUGAUGUCCUGAUUUAUAGGAUGAUUCCGGCGAUCAGCAAAUCCUUCUUGGUCAACAACCUGAUGCCAGGGAUGCAGUAUGACCUAUGCGUGUUGGCCAUCUGGGAAGACACCGCCACCACACUCACUGCGACGAACAUAGUGGGUUGUGUGCAGUUUGAGACACGUGACGAGUACCCCCGCUGCCAGUCACUGCGCAGUCAGUUUUUAGGAGGAACCAUGAUCUUGGUGAUUGGUGGAGUGAUCGUAGCCACUUUGUUGGUCUUUAUCGUCAUACUUAUGGUACGCUAUAAAGUAAACAGUGGAUUGCAGGUUGCAAAGUUGGUGACGGUGAGUAAUACCUACUCCCAGACAAAUGGGAGACAACAGGCUACACAGCGACUAAACAACGGUGCUCCUACACCGCAGGCUUCAAAGACUGUAGUGGUGAUGCGAGAUGAAGUGGUGGAGUUUAAGUGUGGCUCCUUGCAGAGUAGCAUCUCAUCCUCUUCAUCCUCCUCGGCUGACUCCCUUGGAAGUGAGAAAGUUGAGUCUUUCAACCGACAUGUGGAUUCUAGCACCUUGCCAAACAGGUGGAAGCAGUCGUCAUCUAAGGCACGGCCAAACCUGGAUAACCUGCUUGGGGCAUUUGCUUCUCUGGACUUAAGGGUUCCCGCAAGAGAUCCGGGAGGACCAUCUUCUUCAGGGACCAUGGCGAUGGGCAUGAGACAACCCACUGACAAGGAGCCUCUGCUAGGCCGGGGAGAUUCCACGCUUGGGAAGCUUGUAAUGCUGCCAUCAGAGAACAAGCCCAAGCGUAGCCACUCAUUUGACAUGGGCGACUUUGGUGCUUCACAGUGCCUUAGUUACCCACGACGCAUCAGCAACAUUUGGACUAAGAGGAGUCUCUCGGUCAAUGGUAUGCUCCUGCAGUGCGACGAGAGUGAGGGGGAAGGGGAUAAGCCAACGUUUGAUAGCUCUGAAUGGGUUAUGGAGAGUACAGUCUGACAGCGAUAAUGGAUUAGCUCUGCCAAAAAAACAAAACAAAAAACAAACCAUUCUCUGAACUCGUCAUGUGAAAAAGACACAAACUUGCUGCAUCAUAUGACCUCAAGAAGGACUCAAAUGGCUGUAAUAAAAAGACACGUCAGCAGUGGCCAUGUCUGUGUAAUGCAUGAUUUUCCCAUGUCAAUAUUGUCCUUCUGUUCAUUUGAUCCAAAAGAAGUUCAAAGAUUUGUGUCCGAGCUAGGCGAGCAGCCGAGGCCAGGGCUGGCCCUGUUUAUUGAGAGCUGGAUGAAGGAUAUCUCCAGUUGCCUUCAAACAUUAAAGCAGAUAUGAAUAAAUACCAAGAACAAGGGAUACGGGGGUAUCUCAGAAAAGCAGGGGGAAUAAAAGAGAAAAUUUAUCCGACUGUGCACUGCAGUUUGCCAAGAGGAUUUUCUUCAGCUAAGUGGAUGUGCAUCACAAUGGACCAAACGUUCCCAUGAGACAGGACUACAUAAUUUAGAAGGUGAAAAAAAAAAUGCAAAUGUAAUGAAUUUUUGUAGGUUAUUUUCUUUUGUUGUCGGUUUUACUCUUUUAAGUAAAUUCUAGUGUUGCCCCCCCUGCAUUUUUCCUGAACAACUGGAGAAUCCAGUACAGCCUGUCAUAGAUAUUUUACACUGAAGAGAAAUACAAAUCUAAAAUUCUGAAUGAUUUCUUUGCCAUAAUCAAAUCUGCAAAUUCAAUCUGCUAAUCGUCUAUGAUGUUUCUUGACAUUAUGUGCCUCUUUUUCCGUUUAUCAGUGCAUCUGUAACAUUUGUUUUUAGUUUCAGAGUUUGAAAGCUGACUGUCGUCUGAUCAGAUCCCUGCAAUUUUAUACGGCACAGUAAAAGUCAGUCUGUUUGAGUUACAUAUUAUUUAUACAAAAAGAGAUAUUUACUACAUAUGAAAUACCCAACCAAUACUUUGCACACCCAACCAAGAACAGAAUAUGUUUGAUGUCCCCUUUGUCUACCCUUUUUAAAAAGUAAAAGUAAAAAAAAAAAGUUUACAAAUGGUAUAUACUUAACAAUUUUUUAGACAUGGUACCACUGUAAUACAAUAGUAUUCUUCAAAGUACCAUGUUAUAUGACUAUGUGAAUAACUGAUUAAAUUAAAUUUCACAAGUAUAUUCCAAGGGUAUGAUUAUACCCUUUGAACAUGCUUUCAAAAUAAUGUUUGAUUAUGAUUUCCUGAUUUUAAUGAUGGUAAUUGCCCUCUCAAUGAUCAUUUUCCAACACUUUAACUAUGUAUCCAUUCCCUCUUUAAGACUAGUUUGUUAGUGUUGGUGAUUUACUUUUGUACUUUCCACAACAAGCCCCUCAAGACUUAAGCCAGGAAUAUAGGUCAGAGUGUUAUGCUAGACAGUAUGUUUCAAAAGACAUUUAGGACAGGAUCUGGAUCACAGCUUUGUGUAGAAACCUUCAUUAGUGCCAAAUGGUUGUGGCAAGCUUAAUUUCUGGGGAAAAACUGAGCUCCUUUAUCAUCAUUGUGCCCUUGAGCGAUGGCACUUAACCUCAGGUUGCUCCAAGGGGACUCUCUUGGUAUUAGUGCAGUGCUAGUUGAUUUGGAAGAAAAGUGGUGGUUAUAUGAUUAUUAAACGACAAAAGAAAUUGUUAAAGACCUUGAUGAAGCAUGUAUAGUCAUUAUCUCAGAUUUCACAAUUUCAAAAUGUGGUGAUACUUUCUAUGAACAUAUCUAUAGUGCAUUUUUUAGUAUAUUUGCAGGCGUAAACAUUAAGGCUAUACAACUAAAUACUGUUACUGUCUUGCAUGGGGGAGGGGGGAUAGAGGCAGGCAAUUCUAAAUCAGAAUUGGAUUUUGUAAGGUCAGGUUUCUGUGACCUUUCCUUUAUCUUGUCCCUAAAUAUCACACAUUAUUAUUAUUAUUAUUAUUAUUAUUAUUAUUAUUAUUAUUAUUAUUAUUUAUUUAUUUUUUUAAAUAAAUGAUCUUAACUUGUCUGUAAAAAUCUCUAACCAAUCCUGUGUUAAAUUAUAUUUCAGAGAUCAAAAUAGCUAUUUAAUUUUGUUAAGUGUGUACUAUAGAUCUGGUGUUCCUAGGAAGUUUUACCCAAAGGAUCAUAACAUACAUGUCUAUUUUUCUUAUUUUGAAAAAAAAAAAAUCUUUAUUUUUCUAUUUUGUGAAAAGCUUACAGUUCCAUUGCCUUUUCGUUUGUCUGAUACAAUGUCACUGUAUAUGGUUUUGAUUAUGUUUUACUAUUACAGUUAUAUAAUAAUAUACAGAAAGAUAUGGAUAAACAAACACAACAUACAGUUCUUAAUUUAUUACUUAUAACUAAACAUUUAUGCCACAUUCUAGAUUUGCAACAUCUAUUGUUUAUAAUUUGUUACUGCUCUUGAUAUAUGAUUAUUUCUAUGACAUUUUUUGUAUAAAAAAUUAUAUAAGAAUGUAUGAUGGUAUUCUGUACAGUGAUCAUGUUAUUUUCCUGGUCAGAAAAAAAGAAGGUGCUUUAACGUAUUGUUCUGACAUAUGCGUAAAUGUGAAGCAGCAUAGUCAUGUUUUUCACUUGGAGUUGUAGGGAAAAAAUGAAAAGAGUCUAAAUCAUUCUAAACCAUUUCUGUGUUCAAAAGAUUUUGCUACAACAAGAUAAACACACAGAAUUCAUAAUA